CCAUCCUUUGACCUCGCAAACGGCGUACUGUGCUGCACUCAGAGCCCUCGGUUUUCCGCAUCCAGACAAUACCUCUCAAACAGAAGUCAUGUCGACCUACGACUCGGACGUAGAAUUCAUCUUCCUCGGCACGGGCACGUCCUCGAGCCUGCCGCACGUCGACUGCCUCACGCGCCCGCCAGGCGCGAAGCAAUGCCGCACCUGCCUUUCGACGCGCACGCCCGAGGGGAAGAAGAAUUGCAGGCGUAACACGUCCGGGGUCGUGCGGAUGAAGGGGAAAGACGGCCAGUCGGUGACGAUCGUGAUCGACGUUGGGAAGACGUUCCAGGCGGCGUCGCUGGAGUGGUUUCCGAAAUAUGGGCUUAGGAGGAUAGACGCUGUGCUUAUAACGCAUGCGCACGCCGAUGCUAUGAACGGCUUGGACGAUCUACGGGCGUGGACGCUACGCUCGGCGAUUCAACCGCAUGUAGAUCUUUAUGUUACCCAAACCACGUUCAAGGAGGUCCAGCGCUCGUUUCCGUACUUGGUCUCGAAGGCGUUCGCUACUGGGGGCGGUGAUGUACCGGACUUCAAAUGGCACAUCAUCGAGGAUAAGGUGCCUUUCGAGAUCGAAGGCACUGGGAUUCACGUUACGCCAUUCGCCGUUCACCACGGGCGACUCUUCGCACAAGCCCCCGUCCCUGGGUUCGUGCCAACCCCGGAACAGCUUCCCGAGGUGGACGGCCAGCACCCUCAACCACACCCGUCGAACGCCCAUCCUAGCCACGACCACCCUCCUCCCACCGGCGACCCUAAAUCCGCCAAAGGCGACAUCCAGCCCUUGCUCUGCUUCGGCUUCCGCAUCGGCGACGCCGUGCUCUACAUCUCCGACGUCUCGCACAUCCCGGACGACGUCUGGCCGCUGCUGCUCGCCCCGCCGCCCGCGAUCCUCGCGCUCGACUGCCUGCACAUCGCGCCGCACACGUCGCACUUUGGGCUGGAGCAGGCGGUCGCGGCCGCGAGGAGGAUCGGCGCCGCGAGGACGUACCUCCUUGGGUUUGGGCACGAGGUGUCGCAUGAGGAGUACGUUACCAUCGGCGAGGCGGCCGGUGGGCGGAGGGUGGAGGAUGUGAGCGGGCUGAGCGCGGCGGAGAGGGAGGGGGUCGCGAUCGUGCAGAAGGAGGGAGAGCCGAUUUGGAUGCGUCCAGCGUUCGACGGCCUGCAAGUGCGGAUUCGCGGCCGCGAGCAGGUUCGGGAUAACGGGUACGAUUGAUCUAUUGGUUAGGCAUGGCUAGACUGUACACUAGGAUCUGGUGUAAUUGCAAGAUGGAAUAAGUACAUGCAGCUUCGUGCU